AAAAGGAGAGAAAGGUCAAAUCGGAGUGGCCAAGGGUUGGGUUGGUUGUCUUGUUUUUAUAUUCUGUGGGGGUGAUGCUGAGGCUGUUAUUAACAAUAGUGUUUCGGGGAGACCUGAUAAGCUCAAGCUAAGGUAGAACCAAUAUUUUACUGCACCAACCAGAAGCCCCAAAUCCGAAGCUUAAGAGGAAGAAGACAAAGGUUGUUUCACUCCUCUCUCUCUCACCUGAUCUUGUACUCACUUUGUCUAUGGAUCCGUUCGAUUUGGUUCGAAAAGGUUUUGGGUGAAGCAUACUGGAAUUCGGAUUAUUCUCUGUCUCGAGAGCUUUUUAUGCAUGUAAAAUCUUUCUGCCACCAUUUAUUUAAAGAAUGAGCUUAUACAAGAAAGGGACCCAAGCAAUCGAUAUGAAAAUAAGUGCGUCAAACAAGGCAACAACCUUGAAUGCAAAUGCUGCAGAGUUCGUUCCAUUUUCCCUCAGGUCGCCUACAGCUCCACCUGGAAGCACCAGCACCACAGAUGGUACCGCUAGGUUUGCUGCUACUGGAAGUAUUGGGAAAUCAGUGCUUCAUAGAUCGGAAUCAUCUGUUUCAAACAAUUCUGAUGAAGAGGCCCAUCAAUAUUGGCAUUGCCAGCUCCCAGAUGACAUUACCCCUGAUUUUAAGGUUAUGAGCGAGGAUGAAUCUCAAGGUCUUGGGGGCCUUUCUUUGGCGGGCUUAUCGUUGCAUGAUGGCAGUGAAGCAUCAAGGUUUCCAGCUUCUACAGGCAGUGGAUAUGUGUUGAAUGGGCAGCCGGAAUUGUACCCACGUGUAAGUGGUAACAUUUUUACUGAAAAGAUGAAUUAUUCAGCUGCAUCCUAUGUGGAAGAUGAUCCAAGCUCGGCAAGCUUUCUGCAGUUGCCAGGUAAGCCUUGGGACAAGAAAAUUGUGAACAACGAUCAGCUUCUUGGAAAUGGAAGAGAUGGGCAUCCUUACAACGGGAAUUCUAGACAUAGUUUCAUGAACGAAAUGUUCACUGAGCAUGGAAUGGUAGACAAUACUGACAUGAACCCCUUGGAGUUCUUGGCUGCACAAUUCCCUGGAUUUGCUGCUGAAAGCCUUGCAGAAGUUUAUUUUGCUAAUGGCUGCAACUUCAACUCUACGGUGGAGAUGCUCACUCAGCUUGAGCUCCAAGUUGAUGUUGGUUUCAGUCAGAAUAUUAACUCAAAGGCCCUGUCAGCACCCAAUCUCAGUGCCGGAGAUGAUCUUCUACAAAAUAGCAAUCCAUAUAGAUCUUCGGACAAGGAAAACAUGCUUUCAUUCAGGUCUUGUUCCUCUGUUCAGAGUAGGGAUUCAGUAGAUUUUGCUUCAGCUGUCAGGAAAUUGGCAUCUCAAGAUUCUAUAUGGAAAUAUGAAGGGAAUGGUGCGGUUAAUUCUACUGUUGGCUCAAGCAGAAGUUCUAAUGUUUCGGCAAGUGCUUGCAGUAGUGGGCAGGGAAGAAGCAUUUAUGCUGAUAGGUUGCGAAUUCGUGGUUCAGCUCGAGUGCCCCCGGUGUGGCUUGAAACUGGGGACAGAGUGGCAAAUUUAUAUUCUGAAGUGCGGGAAGAAGCUCGUGACCAUGCACGUUUACGCAAUGUAUAUUUUGAACAGGCACGACAAGCAUACCUCAUUGGCAACAAGGCCCUAGCAAAGGAAUUGAGCGCAAAAGGACAGUUGCACAAUGCAUAUAUGAAGGAAGCUCAUGGAAAAGCUCAGGAAUCAAUUUAUCGUCAGAGGAACCCUGUUGGCCCAGAGAUGCAGGGUAACGGGAGAGGGGAUGAGCAAAUUAUAGACCUGCAUGGGCUGCAUGUAAAUGAAGCCAUACAUGUCCUAAAGCAUGAACUGAGUGUGCUGCGAAGCACAGCUCGUGCAGCAGAUAAGCGUUUACAGGCUUAUAUAUGUGUUGGGACUGGCCACCACACUAGGGGUUCCCGCACACCGGCAAGACUUCCCAUUGCUGUACAGGGUUAUCUGCUUGAAGAAGAGUGCCUUGACUUCUCUGAACCACAGCCAGGGCUGCUUCGUGUUGUGAUAAGAAGUAGGUUUAAAUCUAAAAAUUGGAGGAAAAAAAAAGAGAAAAGGAAAGUAGAAAGAAAGGAAGCAGAAGUGACUGUAGCAGUCGCAGAUUCUUCGACUUCGAAAAGUUUGAAGUUUGGAGGGAAGCCCCAAACCGAGCAAUGCGAGCAAGCGAUGCACUUGCAACCCAACGCCAUCCUCUCUAUCUCUUCUCCUCCCAGAACUCUAUACCCAAUCACUCGGCUUUAUCAAUUCAAUUUCCUCCCUCUCUCCAAAGUCAUCUCUCACUCUCACUGCUUUUUUUCUUCAUCAUCUUCACCUCACUCCUCUCACUGGUUCUCUCUUCUGCGAACGGCCAUCUCCACCUCCAACCCGUCUCUCGGAAAAUGCAUACACGCGCAAAUCAUAAGAUCCGGCGAAAACCCAGAUCGGUUUUUGACCAACAAUCUCAUCGCUAUGUAUUCAAAAUGUGGGUCUAUCUCCUUAGCACGCCAUCUGUUCGAUAGAACUCCUGACCGGGACCUAGUUACUUGGAAUUCUGUUUUAGUUGCCUACGCACAGUCUGUGGACGCUGAUUUAGAGAAUGUUAGGGAAGGUUUUCAUCUUUUUCGACUUCUUCGAAAGUCUGUUGUUUCGGUUUCUAAACUGACCCUUGCUCCCCUGUUGAAGCUAUGCUUGCUUUCUGGAUAUGUUUGGGCUUCAGAGGCAGUUCAUGGAUAUGGGCUGAAGAUUGGUUUGACUUGGGAUGCGUUUGUUUCAGGGGCUCUUGUUAAUACAUAUUCGAAGUUUGGGCGAAUUAGGGAGGCUCGGGUUUUGUUCGAUGGGAUGCUGGAAAGAGAUGUGGUGUUGUGGAAUGUAAUGCUAAAGGCAUAUGUGGAGAUGGGUUUUGAGGUAGAGGCACUCCAUUUAUUCUCAGAGUUCCAUCGAAGUGGAUUGUCUCCUGAUGCGGUUAGUGUGCGAAGUGUUCUCAGUGGGAUUAAUGAUGUUGGUUCUGAUAUAGGCAAGAGGCACAAGGAGCAGGUUCAAGCCUAUGCAACUAAGUUAUUUGCUUACAAUGAUGGUUCAAAUGUGAUUAUGUGGAAUAAAACUUUGUCUGAGUUCAUCCAAAUUGGUGACAUUUGGAGUGCUGUUGAGUGCUUUAGGAAGAUGAUCAUACCAAAUGUAGAAUAUGACAAUGUGACAUUAGUUGUUACUUUGUCUGCUGCUUCAGGUAUAAAUGAGUUACCAUUCACGCAGCAAAUUCAUGGCCUGGCUUUGAAAUCAGGUUUUGAUACAGAUGUUUCAGUUGCAAAUAGUCUUAUCAAUGUGUACUCAAAAAUGGGUUUCACCUCAUUGGCACAAAAAGUGUUUGCUAACAUGAGAGAUAUGGAUUUAAUUUCUUGGAAUACAAUUAUGUCAGGUUGUGCUCAGGGUGGAUUGGAAAAAGAGUCACUGACUCUGUUUAUUGAUCUAUUGCGGAUUGGACUAAGACCAGAUCAUUUCACAUUGGCAAGUGUUCUCAGGGCUUGCUCCUCAUAUACGGAAGGCUUGCAUCUCUGUAGCCAGAUUCAUGUUCAUGCAAUAAAAAAUGGUACCAUUGCUGAUGGCUUUGUAUUGACUGCUCUUAUUGAAGUUUAUUCAAAGGGUGGAAAAACAGCAGAGGCAGAGUUUCUUUUUGUAAAUAAAGAUCAAUUUGAUUUGGCUACCUGGAACACUAUGAUGUCUGGCCUCAUAUCCAGUAAUGAUAGCCCAAAAGCAUUGAAACUCUUCGGUUUGAUACAUGAAAGUGGAGAGAGGUCAGAUCAGAUAACGUUAGCAACUGCAGCAAAAGCAUGUGGUUGCUUGGCUUGGUUGGAACAAGGGAAGCAAAUCCAUGCUUAUGCAAUAAAAUUUGGUUUUGACAAAGAUUUGUGUGUCAGCAGUGGUAUUCUUGACAUGUAUGCCAAAUGUGGGGAUAUGGUGGAUGCACACUUAGUGUUCAGUGAUAUCCCUGCUCCAGAUGAUGUGGCAUGGACAACUAUGAUCUCAGGAUGUGUUCAAAACGGAAAUGAAGAGCAUGCUCUGUCUGUAUAUCAUAAGAUGAGGUUGUCUGGGAUCCCACCAGAUGAAUAUACCUUUGCCACUUUAAUUAAAGCUAGCUCUUGCCUGACAGCACUGGAACAAGGGAGACAAAUUCAUGCAGAUGUCAUCAAACUGGCUUGUGCUUCUGAUCCUUUUGUCGGAACUUCUCUUAUUGACAUGUAUGCUAAAUGUGGAAACAUAGAUGAUGCUUAUUGUUUAUUUAGAAGAAUGAAUGUACGGAAUAUUGCCUUGUGGAAUGCCAUGAUGGUCGGUCUAGCUCAACAUGGGAAUGGCGAAGAAGCACUUAACCUUUUUAAAGUCAUGAACUCUAAUGGUAUUGCACCCGAUAGAGUUACAUUUAUUGGAGUACUUUCUGCUUGUAGCCAUUCCGGCUUAAUUUCUGAAGCUUAUAAGUAUUUUCAUUCAAUGCAACAAGAUUAUGCUAUUGAGCCUGAGAUUGAGCAUUACUCAUGUUUGGUUGAUGCACUUGGUCGUGCUGGCCGUGUACAACAAGCGAAGAAAUUGAUUACAUCAAUGCCUUUUGAAGCUUCUGCUUCUAUGUAUAGAGCCUUGCUUGGUGCCUGUAAGGUUCAGGGGGACACACACACUGGCAAAUGGCUGGCUGAGCAGCUUUUGGCCUUGGAGCCCUCUGAUUCAGCAGCUCAUGUUCUUCUGUCCAACAUAUAUGCCGCUGCAAACCAAUGGGACGAUGUAACCAGUGCUAGAAGAACAAUGAAGCAGCAGAAUGUAAAGAAGGAUCCAGGGUUCAGUUGGAUUGAUGUGAAGAACAGGAUGCAUUUGUUUGUGGUGGAUGAUAAAUCCCAUCCAGAGUCUGAUUUAAUAUACGAUAAGAUAGAGGACUUGAUAGAAAGAAUCAAACAAGAAGGAUAUGUCCCUGAUAAAGAUUUCGUGCUGCUUGAUUUGGAAGAAGAGGAAAAAGAGCGCUCUCUAUACUACCAUAGCGAGAAGUUAGCAAUAGCUUACGGACUCCUAAAAACACCCCCAUCCACCACAAUUAGAGUGAUAAAGAACCUCCGCACUUGUGGGGACUGUCACAGUGCAAUCAAAUACAUAUCAAGGGUCUCUCAACGAGAGAUUGUGUUGAGAGACGCAAAUCGCUUCCAUCGUUUUAAGGAUGGAAUAUGUUCUUGUGGUGAUUACUGGUAAUAAUAGCAUAAAUCAAUCAUUUCUUGAA